CACGUGGCACGGCUCAGUGCCACCCUGGUCACCUGCACACAGCUCCUCCAGAAGGUGGCUGGGUGGGCUGGGGACCCAGAGUGGGUAAAGGAUGGGGGUCCUGUCCAUCAGAUGCCUGGGCUGGUCACGGCAGUCACCCCCCCCAUCCCCUAGGUUUGUUUUCAAUGCCAUGACCUGCCAAAAUCUGAAGCACAGCCACAUCUCUGCCCUGCCCAGGAAAUCCUGGGGCAAUGUCGGCAUCAUUAAGCGCUUACAGAACUCAAUGCACCUCUUGCAGAGGGCAGGGCAGGCCAGGAGGUGUGGCAGGGAGGUGAGAGAAACCUGUAGAUCAUGUCUGGAAGAAAUAGAUCUUGUGACACCUUGGCCACCCACAGGAAGUACAGGGACAGUCACCCUCAAAACGAGCAGCACUGGGCAGCCUCCCUUGAGGGACGCGCCUGGCUCUGCAACUCCUGGCCACAGCUCCUCCCGCAUCCCUGCCACCACCACACCGUGGGACAUGGCUGCUCGGAGAGUGGCCGUCAUCGGUGCCGGUGCCUCCGGCCUGUGCGCCCUGAAAUGCUGCCUGGAUGAGGGGCUGGAGGCCACCUGCUUUGAGAGGAGCAAGGACAUCGGGGGGCUCUGGCGCUUCGAGGAGCACCCCGAGGACGGCCGUGCCAGCAUCUACCGCUCCGUCAUCAUCAACACCUCCAAGGAGAUGAUGUGCUUCAGCGACUUCCCCAUCCCUGAGGACUUCCCCAACUACAUGCACAACUCCAAGAUCAUGGAGUACUUCCGCAUGUACGCCCAGCACUUCGACCUGCUCCGCCACAUCCGCUUCAGGACCAGCGUGUGCCGCGUGUCCAAGCGCCCCGACUUCGCCAGCAGCGGGCAGUGGGAGGUGGUGACGGAGAGCGAGGGCAAGCGGGAGGCGGCCGUCUUCGACGCCGUGCUGGUGUGCAGCGGGCACCACACCGACGCUCAUCUCCCGCUCAGUUCCUUCCCAGGGCUGGAGAAGUUUGAGGGCUGCUACCUGCACAGCCGGGACUACAAGAGCCCUCAGCCCUUUUUUGGAAAACGGGUGGUCGUGGUUGGCAUUGGGAAUUCAGGCAUCGAUAUCGCAGUGGAGCUGAGCCACACAGCCAAGCAGGUUUUCCUCAGCACCAGGCGUGGGUCCUGGGUGCUGCACCGGGUGGCGGACAAUGGGUACCCCUUUGAUUUCAGCUACCUCAGUCGCUUCAUGCAGCUCCUCCAGAACCUGGUGCCCACAAGUAUCAAGAAUUUCUUCAUGGAGUGGAAGCUGAAUGCCCGCUUUGACCACACACUCUAUGGCCUAAAGCCCAAGCACGGGGUCCUUGACCAGCACCCAACCGUCAACGAUGACCUGCCCAACCGCAUCAUUUCGGGCAGGGUGCGGGUGAAGCCGAACAUCCAGGAGUUCACAGAGACAUCUGCCAUCUUUGAGGAUGGCACCAGGGAAGAUGUCGAUGCCGUAGUUUUUGCCACAGGAUACAACUUCUCCUUCCCGUUUCUCGAGGGCUGCGUGAAGGUGGUGGAGAACCAGAUUCCCCUCUACAAAUUCAUGUUCCCCCCUGACCUGGAGAAGCCCACGCUGGCUUUCAUCGGCCUCAUCCAGCCCUGGGGAGCCAUCAUGCCCAUCUCAGAGCUCCAGAGUCGCUGGGCCACCUACGUCUUCAAAGGGCUGCAGGGCCUGCCGCCGCCCGCCGACAUGCUGGCCGACAUCGCACAAGCUAAGAAGAGAAUGGCUCAGCGGUACGUGCAGAGCCAGCGGCACACCAUCCAGGUGGAUUACAUCCCUUACAUGGACGACCUCGCCUGCCAGCUGGGGGUCAAGCCCAACCUGCUCACCCUGUUCCUCACGGACCCCAAGGUGGCCAUGGAGGUGGCCUUCGGUCCCUGCACGCCGUACCAGUACCGGCUGCGGGGCCCGGGCGCGUGGGCGGGCGCCAGGGCCGCCAUCCUGAGCCAGCGGCAGCGCGUGGUCAGCGCCCUGCAGCCGCGGGCCCGCCGCCGCCCCGCCCGCCCCGCCGCCCUGCCCCGCGCCCUCACGCUGCUCCUCAGCAUCGCCAUGACCGUGGCCACCCUCGUCUACGUCUUGCUCUCUCCUUAGCCUAAAGGGAAGGAGACAGCGGGUCCUGCCGGCAGUCUUCUCCUCUUCGCUUGGGCUUGUGUCUGUUGUCUCUCGCUAGCUGUGCCGGAGCACGGAGGGAGUCGUUCCUUGAAGGUGCAGCCUGGUCUGUUGCGCUUUCCCGCUGUGAUACCACCAAGUCUGGUCACGGGCUGCUCUGGGAACAGCUCCCUAAAUCGUGGCCCGGCAGCCCCACGAGCUCUAUCUAUGGGUUAGGUCACAGAGGUGGUGGAGAAACGGGGAACGUGCCCAAGCGGGGCCUCGGGAAAGGGCAAUAAAGCUUGUCCCCGUGCCGCGGGGCCCGGA